AUUCAGAGGGACAGAUUUUGUUGCGAUUUCUCGGAACACUUCUGUGACACAAAGGGCGGCUUCAGCUCUCGUGGACCAUAGAACGGGGGUGUUGAACAUGUGGCUGCCCAUCAAACGAUGUCGGACUCCCAACUUCCAUCAGCCCCGGGCAAAUGUCAUAGGAUGAACCCUGCUGGACCACUCUUACUGUCUGUGAUAUCGUGUCUCCUGUGGCUGUCCCGGGGCUUUGACCCAGCUCCCAGCGCCUGCUCCGCCUUGGCCUCCGGGGUUCUCUACGGCUCCUUCUCACUGAAGGACCUCUUCCCCACCGUUUCCACUGGCUGCUCGUGGACCCUGGAGAACCCUGACCCCACCAAGUACUCCUUGUACCUCAGGUUCAACCGGGAGGAGCAGGUCUGCACCCACUACUCGCCCAUGGUGCUGCCACUGGACCAUUACCUCUCCAACGACACCUGCAGCCAGCCAGAAGUGACAGCCUCAACCCGGGAAGAAGAGGAGGAAGACGGAGGGGAGGUCAGGUUGGAGCUGUGCCAGGGAGGGGGCCCCUUCACCUUUUUCCACUUCGACAAGAACUUUGUGCAGCUGUGCCUGGCGGAGGAGCCUGAAGCGGCCACCCGGCUCCUGCCCCCUGAGGCUGUGGAGUUCCGCUUCGUGGAAGUCCUCCUGAUCAACAACAACAACUCCAGCCAGUUCACCUGCAGCAUCUUGUGCCGCUGGCUCGAAGAGUGCCUUCGCCUGGGCACCAGCCAAUCCUGUGGCCUCUCACAAACCGGCUGCACCUGCCAGACCCCCCAGACCCUCCCGGCUCCUCCCCAAUCCAACCAGACGCUCUCCAAUGCUCUGACACCACCCUCAACAAGCAGCAGCAGCAGCAGCAGCAGCAGCAGCAGCAGUGAUUGCUGCGUGACCGAAUUGCAUUCUGGGAAUGCGAAUGAUGUAUACUCUCCGGAGAUUAAAUACGGUGAUGGGGUGGAAGCAGAUCAGAAGGUGAAGACACAGUGGCCGCGGUCAGCAGAUGAACCAGGGGUGUACAUGGCACAAACAGGAGACCCUGCAGCAGAGGAGUGGUCCCAGUGGAGCGUCUGUUCACUGACCUGCGGCCAAGGCACCCAGGUGCGGACUCGCUCCUGCGUCUCAUCGCCUUACGGGACACUAUGUAGCGGGUUGUUGCGGGAGACCCGGAUAUGCAAUAAUACCGCCACCUGCCCAGUGGAAGGCCAGUGGCUGGACUGGGGAUCCUGGAGCCGCUGCUCGGUGUCGUGUUCCAACGGGACUCAGCAGCGCACCCGCAAAUGCAGCGUCUCAGCUCACGGCUGGGCAGAGUGCCGAGGGGCUCAUGCCGAUGCCAGGGAGUGUUACAACCCCGAAUGUCCAGCUGAUAGCAAGUGGGGCCCAUGGAACCACUGGAGUUUGUGCUCCAAGACGUGCGAUACGGGCUGGCAGAGACGCUUCCGCAUGUGCCAGGGGACGGGCGUGCAAGGCUACCCAUGCGAGGGCAGUGGGGAGGAAGUCAAGACAUGCAACGAGAAGAAAUGUCCAGCCUACCAUGAAAUGUGCAAAGAUGAGUAUGUGAUGUUGAUGACUUGGAAGAAAGCUGCUGCUGGUGAGAUUGUCUACAACAAAUGCCCGUCCAAUGCUACAGGGUCUGCCAGCCGCCGGUGCUUGCUCAACUCCCAAGGCGUGGCUUUCUGGGGCACGCCCAGCUUCGCACGCUGCAUCUCCCACGAGUACCGAUACUUACAUCUCUCACUCCGAGAGCAUUUGGCCAAGGGGCAGCGCAUGCUGGCAGGUGAGGGAAUGUCUCAGGUGGUCCGUGGCCUGCUGGAGCUUGUAGCCCGGAAGACGUACUACAGUGGAGACCUGCUCUUCUCAGUGGAGAUCCUGCGCAAUGUCACAGACACUUACAAGAGAGCCACCUACAUCCCUUCCUCAGAUGAUGUUCAGCGGUUCUUCCAAGUCGUCAGUUACAUGGUGGAUGCGGAAAACAGGGAGAAGUGGGAAGAUGCACAGCAGGUCAUGCCUGGCUCUGUGCUCCUGAUGAAGGUGGUGGAGGAUUUCAUCCACCUGGUCGGAGACGCACUCAAGGCCUUCCAGAGUUCCCUCAUCGUCACGGACAACUUGGUAAUCAGCAUCCAGAGAGAGCCGGUUUCUGCUGUCUCCAGUGACAUCAACUUCCCCAUGAAGGGGCGGCGUGGAAUGAAAGAUUGGGCCCGCCACUCUGAGGAUAAGAUCUUCAUCCCCAAGGAAGUGCUCAGCCUCUCCUCAUCUGAAACAGAUGAAUCAUCUUAUUUUGUCAUUGGUGCCAUCUUGUAUCGCACAUUGGGAUUAAUCCUGCCUCCUCCUAGAAGUCCCCUGGCUGUCAUGUCCAAAGUUCUCACGGUGACAGUGAAGCCCCCAACCAAGGCCAUGGAGCCCUUGAUCAUGGUGGAGUUGUCCCAUAUCAUCAAUGGCACCUCGCACCCACAGUGUGUGACCUGGGAGUACACCAAAGUGGAGGUUGGCGCUGGGAACUGGGAGACCGAAAGCUGCCAGACGGUGGAAACUCUCUCGGCUCACACCAAGUGCCAUUGCAGCCAGCUCUCCACCUUUGCUGUGAUCGCCCAACUGCCCAAAGACCUGGCCAUGGAAUCUGGCAGCUCCCCCUCUGUCCCACUUAUGAUUGGUUGUGCUGUUUCUUGUAUGGCUUUGUUGACCCUCCUGGUGAUCUACGCUGCCUUUUGGAGGUUUAUCAAGUCGGAACGCUCCAUCAUUCUCCUGAACUUCUGUGUCUCCAUUUUGGCCUCCAACGUGUUGAUCCUGGUGGGCCAGUCCCAGAUGCUCAGUAAGGGCGUGUGCACCAUGACUGCUGCAUUCCUCCACUUCUUCUUCCUCUCUUCCUUUUGCUGGGUGCUGACAGAGGCCUGGCAAUCCUACUUGGCUGUGAUUGGCAGGAUCCGGACACGCCUAGUUCGUAAACGCUUCCUCUGCCUCGGAUGGGGGUUGCCAGCCUUGGUAGUUGCUGUCUCUGUUGGCUUUACUCGGACCAAAGGAUACGGAACAUCCAGCUACUGCUGGCUGUCUCUUGAAGGAGGGCUGCUCUACGCCUUUGUUGGCCCUGCUGCUGUGAUUGUUCUGGUCAACAUGCUGAUCGGAAUCAUCGUCUUCAACAAGCUCAUGUCUCGGGAUGGCAUCUCAGAUAAGUCCAAAAAGCAGCGAGCUGGCUUCAAGGAUCCCCCGUGUGGCAGCCUGCUCUUGAAAUGUACCAAGUGCGGUGUGGUCUCCAGCACAGCCCUGCUCACUGCCACUGCCAACAGCGCCAUGGCAUCGCUAUGGAGCUCCUGCGUGGUCCUUCCCCUGCUGGCGCUCACCUGGAUGUCGGCUGUGCUCGCCAUGACCGACCGGCGCUCCAUCCUCUUCCAGGUCCUCUUUGCAGUCUUCAACUCGGUCCAGGGCUUCGUCAUCAUCACGGUCCACUGCUUUCUGCGCAGAGAGGUACAAGAUGUGGUGAAGUGCCAGAUCGGAGUGUGCAAGAGUGACGAGAAUGAGAACUCCCCUGACUCCUGCAAGAAUGGGCAAGUCCAGAUCAUGACAGAUUUUGAAAAGGAUGUUGACCUGGCGUGUCAGACAGUCCUCUUCAAAGAGGUUAACAACCCAGCCACCAUCACGAGCACCUUGUCGCGCAUCUCCCUGGAUGGGGACGAGGAUCCGAAGCUCAACACCAGCUCCGAGGGCAGCCUGGGCUUCUCCACCCUUCCUGGGAAUAUCCCACCCACUUCCAUCCUGGUCCAGGUGCCCAAAAUGACACACAACGUGGUGAAAGGGCUCAACGAGCUCAACGACCCUCCUGCCAAGAAGGACGUCAACCUGGAUCCAGCUCGGGGGGCGGUGUACCUGUGUGGCGACAGCAGCCUGCGGCAGUUGGACUAUGGGUGGCUGCGGCCACAGGAGGCCACCCUGGAGAGCAACUACAUGGUGCUGCCACGGCGGACAGUGAGCCUUAAGCCCUUCACCAGGGAGGAGGGCAAGCUCAACAUUAAACUGGAUGACGCGCCGGGCCUGGCCAAGGGCCGCCACCCCAUGGAAGCCGAAGCCUACCCCAGCUUUGCCUCCAUGGACCACAUCAACGUGAACCUGAACCAGCCGUACGGGACGGUCAAGCACCCCUACGGCCUCCAGUUCAAGCAGCACCCGACAGUACGGCAGAUCUUGGCCUCAGAGCUGUCAGAGCGCAGCCGCACCAUGCCACGCACUGUGCCUGGCUCCGCCAUGAAGGUGGGCUCCCUGGAGAGAAAAAGACUGCGGUACUCUGACCUGGAUUUCGAGAAAGUCAUGCAUACAAGAAAGCGCCACUCAGAACUUUACCACGAGCUGAAUCAAAAGUUCCACACACUGGACCGGUAUCGGGCUCCAGCUACCAACGCAGCAAAGAGAGAAAAGCGGUGGAGCGUCUCUUCGGGGAGUGGGGAAAAGAAUAUGCCUGGCGAAGUCACCAGCCCAGAGAGCCGGCAGCAGAAGCAGAAGUCUUGGAGCACCUUCAAGGCCAUGACGCUGAGCUCCCUGCCCUCCAAGCACCGGGAGAAACUGGAGCUGCACUCCGCCGACUGGGAGAAGCAUUGCAUGAGCCUGGAUCUAUCCGAGGGGGACUUCCAGACAGAAGUGUGAGCCUCGUGAACUCUGGGAUUUAUCGAUCUAUAAAUAUAUAUAAAUAUAUAUAUAUAUUUUCACACUGACACUUUGGAAAAAGAAGACAAAAAGAAAAGACAGCUCCAUCCCCUUCCGGCAGUUUUACUGAGGAGGGGGGCAGUUUUGGAAACAGUGGCCACCUCUUUAGAUGGUCUUCGAGAGGAGGAGGAGGAGAGGGGGCGGGAUAGCAGGAGCUGCACCCUCCCCAAGUGUCACAAAGGCACAGCCAUGCACACACCCCACAUAAGCACUUGCUCCACUUGGAGGUCAUGAUGAGGCGGGGAGGCAUUCACACACAGAGAGAAAGACACACACCUUCUGCCAGCCCCUCUUUUUCCCCGUGCAGUGAUUCACUGCAGGAUCCAAAAGCGCUCACACAAUCACGCCAGCGGCUGUUCCAGCCUCAGGACUUGGAGGGGCAGGGGCAGCUUUUCCCCCACUUGGGGGCAAAAGAACCAAUCUUAACUCUUUUCUAUCUGGACCUUUCCUCACGCCAUGCACUGUGUGCACGGCCAGCAGUCUGGGAUAGCUGUCGCCACUGCCCUGCGUCUCCCUAUUUGAGACUCGGCUCCUUGCACCGUCCUCCCUCCAGCACCAGAUCUCCCUGCCUGGGCAGCGGGGGAGAAGACCUGGCUCCUUCUCUGCCCCAUUCUGCCCCAGGUCGAAUCUGAGUCUCCCUCCCUACCUGGAACACCCUCCCCACGUCUUCCUUCCCCAUCCUCACCUGCUCUAUCCCAGGCCGGGCGGGCGCUAUGUUUGUUGGAAAUAAAACAUUCACUCUGUGGAACUUUU